AUGAAUCACAGCGAAAGCUCAUCGGAUACCGUGCUUAUGCAAGAGCUAUCCCACCACACAACAUAUCACCAGGACCAACAACAAGCAUUACACCAUCAUCAAAUGCACGCUGAAUACGAUCCUAGCAACGAAAAACAACACCGAAGGAAACAAAAACGACAUGUUGUAAAACUUUGCAAGCUCUUUUCAUAUGCAACGCGUUGUGACAAGAUUCUCGUUUACCUUGCAUGGACGUGUUCCAUCCUUGUUGGAUUGCUACAACCAGGCUCGAUGGGUUUGUUUGCAGUGAGCUCACAAAAAGUGGUGGAUGCAAUCAAUGACAACAAAUCCAUCAGCGACGCUACCAUGCCCGCCGUUUACUCUUUUGUUGAAAUUGGUGCCAUUAUCAUGGUGUUGGCGUACAUUGCCAAUGCAUUGUGGGUUUUUACAGGCGAACGUCAAACACGCAGGAUCAAGGAACUCUAUAUGCAUAGCAUUCUUCGACAAGAUAUGGGAUGGUUUGAUCAAGCUGACGAAGGAUCACUUACUACACGGCUUGCCACGGAUGUACAGCUUAUCCAAGAUGGAAUCUCGGAACGUUUUGGUGCCAUGUUGCGUGCGUUCGCUUCAUUUAUCAUUGGUAUUCUUAUGGCGCUUGGUAUGGCUUGGCGAUUGGCACUUGUACUUAUUGCAACAAUGGUCCCUCUCGCUUUGGUGACAUGGUUUUCGGGUCGAGUGGUAUCCAAGGCAACCCAAGAUGUACAAGAUUCCUCUGCACAAGCAAGUGGGAUAGCUGAACAAGUAUUUGCUGGUAUCCGUACGGUGUACUCGUUUUCAUUACAAGGUCGAUUUUCACGUCUUUAUGAUGAAAAAUUGGUCAACGCACGUAAAGAUGGAGAGCGUCGUGCUCUGAUUGCCGGAGCAUGCUAUGGUGCCUUCCUUUUCGUUCUUUUUGCCGAUUUUGGUCUUGCAUUUUGGUAUGCGGGAAAACUUGUUAGUGAUGGCACCUAUGAAGGAUGGCGGGUCAUUGCUGCCUUGUUUGGCGUAUUGAUUGGAUCCAUGUCUAUUCUCACUGUGCCUGGUCAUCUUGGAGCGGUGUCUACAGCACGUGGUGCCGCUUAUAGAAUCUUCAAGACCAUUGAUCGUAUCCCUCUUAUUGACAUUGACUCUGAUGCUGGUAUCCAUCCCGAGAAAAUCAUGGGUGAUAUUGAAUUCCGCAACGUCAACUUUGCAUAUCCCACUCGACCAGAUAUCCCUAUCCUCAAAGAUUUGAGUAUCAAAAUCAAGGCUGGCAUGUCCGUUGCAUUCGUGGGACCUUCAGGCUCGGGUAAAUCCACUACCAUUCAAUUGAUCCAGCGUUUCUAUGAUGUGCUUUCAGGCCAAGUUCUCGUUGACGGGCAAGAUGUGCGAGCCUACAAUUUGAGAGCCUUACGUGAUCAAAUCGGUGUUGUCAGCCAAGAGCCUGUUCUAUUCAACAUGACCAUCCGCCAAAACCUCUUGCUUGGGAGCUCCCAUUCAUCCGUAUCUCAAGAUGAGAUUGUCGCUGCAUGCAAAAAGGCCAACUGUCAUUCAUUCAUCAUGAAGCUUCCCAAUCAAUACGAUACCUUAGCCGGUGGUGCUAUGAUGUCAGGUGGACAAAAACAACGUAUUGCUAUUGCGCGUGCCAUUCUCAAGAACCCAACCAUCUUGCUAUUGGAUGAGGCUACUUCUGCAUUGGAUACGCGUUCCGAAAGACUUGUUCAACGUGCCCUCGAUGCCGCUGCUGCCAAUCGCACCACCAUAACGGUGGCUCAUCGCUUGUCCACUAUCAAAAACUGCGACCUCAUUGUUGUCAUGCAAGCCGGCUCCAUUGUCGAGAUGGGUUCCCAUAACCAAUUGGUUCAACGUGCUGGUGUCUAUUCCGAGCUGGUCAAGAAGCAGCAAAUUGCCACUCAGCAAGUCAACAGCGCAUCCACCAAAGAUCAAGCCCAAUCCUUUGAUGAAGAUGACAACGAUGAUGACGACUUGUUGGAAGAAGAUGAUAUGGAGAAAGAAGGCUACUACAAGAUGGCACAUGUAUCUCGAAGCAGCAGCCAUAAAUCGAUUGAUGCUUAUGAAAUGAAGCGAUUACGGGAGAAACAAGAGCUCAAGGAGAUGAAGCGUCAAAGUGUUCCUAUCGGCAAGAUUUUCCAUCAAAUGCGUAGAGAAUGGUUGUUGCUUCUUGUCGGCUGUGGAGGUGCUGCUAUUGCUGGUGCCAUUUAUCCAGCGACCAGUUACAUUGUGGCUCUCACUAUUCAACUCCUGAUGAGCGGUGGUGACAGCAUUGCUCCCUCACCCCUCGAAGGUGUCAAUCUUUACGGCCUUUUAUUUGCCAUCCUUGGCGUGGCUUCCUUCAUUGGCUAUGGUAUCCAGCACAGCAUCUUUGAUUUAUCGGGUGAACGCUACACUGAACGAUUACGCAGCAUGCUCUUUAAAGCAUACAUCAAGCAAGAGAUUGGAUACUAUGAUCAGCAUUCUGUGGGUGCUCUUACGGCGCGUUUGGCUGUUGAUUCAAGAAACGUCAAUGAGCUUGUAACCAAGGUCCCUGGUGACAUUGUUCAUACCAUUGCUACCACCAUCACUGGUCUUGUGAUCUCGUUUGUUUACAGCUGGCGUAUUACUUUGAUCAUGCUUGCCAUGUCUCCUGUUGUUGUGGGUGCUAGCUUUUAUGAAACGCGUGUGCAACGUGGCUUCUCUGAUAAGACAUCCAAGGCACAAGAACAAAGCGGCGAGAUCGCAUCUGAAGCUGUUAAGGAAAUCCGCACCGUAACAGCUCUUGGCAAGCAAGGCUAUUUUGAAACCAAGUACUGCCAUGCUCUUCAACGUCCUCAUCGUUUGGCUCAACGCAAGGCAUGGCUCUCCUCCAUUGGUUACUCUAUCAAUCAAGGCUUUGUGCUCUUUGCUGCUGCUGUUGCAUUCUAUGCCUCCAUGAAGUUUAUGGAACAAGGGAUCAUGGAAUUGGAUGGUUUAUUUGUGUGUUUGUUGUGUGUCAUGAUCACUAUGAACGGCAUUGGCAGCUCAAGUGUCUUUGCUACAACGUAUGCACGUGCCAAGAACUCUGCUAUUGCUUCCUUUGCUAUCCUUGAACGACAAUCUGAAAUUGAUCCCGAGCUCGAAGGCAUCGAACCAGCAACCGUGGAUGGCAGUAUCAGUUUCCGCAAUGUUGGAUUCAGGUAUCCAGCACGUCCUGACGUUCCUGUAUUUGAUGGCUGCUUCAAUUUGGGUGCGAGUGCAGGCAUGACAGUGGCAUUGGUGGGACCUUCAGGUUGUGGCAAGUCGACUACCAUUGGUAUGCUUCAACGCUAUUACGAUCCAACGGAUGGCGUGGUACAAGUUGACGACCACACUACACGAAAGUAUACAUUGGGCAAUCUAAGGUCGCACAUGAGCAUCGUGGGUCAAGAGCCUGUAUUGUUUGAUAUGACCAUUGGUGAAAACAUUCGAUUUGGCGUUGAUGAAAAUGUACACGUGACCCAAGAAGAUGUCGAAGAAGCAUGCAAAGCUGCCAACAUUCACAAGUUUAUUUCCGAAUUGCCCGAUGGAUACGAUACAAGAGUUGGUGAUAAAGGAUCUCAAUUGUCUGGUGGUCAAAAACAACGUAUUGCUAUCGCUCGUGCAUUGAUUCGCAAGCCCAGGAUCUUGUUACUCGAUGAAGCUACCUCUGCAUUGGAUAGUGAAUCCGAAAAGUUGGUGCAAGCUGCAAUCGAUGAUAUCGUCAAUCAAGGAGGUCGUACAAUUUUGACGAUAGCGCACAGACUCUCUACAAUCCAAAAUUCAGACAUGAUUUGCUUUGUCAAGGAUGGACGUGUUGUGGAACAAGGAACGCAUUGGGAACUAUUAAGGCUCAAUGGCCAUUAUGCAGCACUUGUUAGACAGCAAUCUCUCAACGCAUUUUAG